AUGUUCGACUUGCAGAAUCAGCUAGCAGGCACUAAUCUAGGGGAAGAUUUAUUUCUAGGCGCAGAUCAAAAUAAUGACAUUCUUACUCCUAGAGAAGACUUCGGUUAUGGUUUCGGCGAGGAUAUCAACGGAAAUGCUGUGCCUAUUAGAGGACCGCCACUACAGAAGAUAAGUACGUCUGACAGAAUAAUACCUGGAAGCUUGGCUGAUCACUAUGAUAGGCAGCCAAAUUGCCCUAUGAUGCAGCCUCCACACUCGCAAAGUGAUUCUCCAAAGGAGCAUUUUCCGAACGAAAUCGGAAUUACUGAAGACGAAUCUGGGCAACGUAAGGUAUUGCCAAGCAUAGAAAAUCCAGGUAAACCGCCAAACGCCGAACCAUUUGACCUUGUGGCGAUAGGGAAGACAGCCCAGCAAUAUUUCUCACCCCUGGUAAAUGCACAGCCGGAAAUAUCCAAACCCAAACAAACAGCUGGAACUGUCAGGAGAAUCCCAGAAAAUGGAGGCUCGCAGUUUGCAAAAUAUCUAGUCCCACCGCUAAGUCCUGUCAAAACACCUAAAGAUUUCAAAGGUAACGAAAAGGCUUACUGGCUAUAUCAUGAUACCAGAAAGAAGCUGCUUGCGCGAAGGCGGAGAAAAAUUCGGGCAAUAGAAAAGACGGAAGAUUUGAAACGCAAACGCCAGAGGGAGGAGGAUGAAAUGAUGAGUGGGUUCCGUUGGCUCGGUGGUGACUCACACAUGGAAAGUUCUGGGCUGCCGGGGCCAAAUUCGGACAACACAACAUCUGAUGAAAAAACCGAAAAUGGUGGUAAUCACGAGAGAAAAAUCGAGCCACCGUCACCACUAGGUCCUGUGAGGUCGAAGGAUAGCUUCGAUGACGAACAAGCUUUCAAAGAAUACCAGAGAGAACGAAAUAUCAAGCGGAUUCGAAUCUGGAAGAGUAAGAAUGCUGAAUACAACAAGAUGUACAGUAAUUCAUAUUACCGGCACCGCCGGCAGAGAAGGAAGGGUGAAGACUGCGUCACAAGUCUGCCUGAUAUUGAUUCCUAUAGGAAGAAUGGUCAGGAUGGCUAUACCACGGGUGUAAGUGUCGAAGGCGUUACUGAUGAACAUUCAGAUUCAAGUAUGAAUUUAGCUGGUCUACAAGAUCAGAGAAUCGGAGAUGAGCGGGUGCUUUACAAUGUUUAUCCUCCAUUACCGAGUAGUGGUGGAGCAAAUUAUUCUGAGAUGACGACGACCUCAACGGACGUCCAGAGUCACGGCACAAAAGAAUAA